AUGGCUACAUACUUCGACCUUUGUAGAGUGCAAGGCCUUUGUUCCUGCAACCGUAGUUGCCCCUUAUCCCAACUCUACUUUUGUCGACACUGUUAUGAUGUCAGAUGCGGCAACUGCGUCUCACAUGAAGUGGAUUCGCAUUACUGUCCCAAUUGUUUGGAAAAUAUGACCAGUGCAGAGGCAAAGAUGCGCAAACACCGUUGUGGGAAUUGCUUUGAUUGCCCUAGUUGUGGUCACACUCUUUCAACCCGCGGCACUCUCGCUCUGGCUCCAGCCACCGGUGCGGGUUCUGCCGGAUCCACCUCCGGUGAUUCGCCAUUGACUGCACAAAAGACCUAUUACCUCUUCUGUGGGUUUUGUCGUUGGACGACUCGUGAGAGCGGCAUUCCUGAUCAAAAGUCUCCAGGUGGAUGGAAUGAAACAUCUAAUCCCCACGCUGACCGAAUUGAAACACUGAUAACCGAGUAUCGUCACCUAGCUGCCAAGGAGAAAACUGAACGCGAACGCACAAAAUAUAAGAAAAGAACAUAUAUUCUUUCACUAGUACGUUCAGUUUUGUUACUGUUUCUUGCACUGAUCUUUAAUCUUCCACGUACAUUCCACGUACAGCGUUUUACUCUUUUGUUCUUGUUUCCUUUACAGGAAAAAUUCCCUGUUCUCACACCCCGUUUUCGUCGCCGCUAUUCCAAUUGGGGAUCAUAUGGCCGUGAAACGAAUUCUGGUCCCGAGAUUAAAAUUUCGGCUGCAGAGGCCCAAUCGAUUACUGAAAGUUUCAAUGUCGAUGAGUUAGUCAACAAGCCGUUCGCUUUUGAGAUGGCGACCUCUGCAUUGCAACGUCACAUGGCACCUGCGUUGCAACCGACAGAGACGCGGAAUUUAGAACCGCGCCACAAAGCACUGGCAGUGAAACGUUCUCUUCGUUGUAAAAAGUGUGAACACACUCUGAGCAAGGCUGACUUCAAUCCAAGUUAUACCAAAUUUCGCAUUAACCUCAGCGCCGUAUGCCACGUGCCCGAUCUGCACUUCGCUUUACCGCCCUCAGCCCUUGCUGAUCCCGCCGACAGUACCGAUCGAAAUCGUGUCACUCCGCUACCUCUACCCACCCUCGGCUUUAACAGUGUACCAGCCUCGAGUGAACUUCGGGUCAAGGGGUUCUCAAUGGGCAAAGCAUCCAAUGUGGUUCUAAUAGUCUCGAAUCCUGCACAUCGUGUUACUACUGUACGUUUGCGGCAACUGACUGCUGAGGAAGAAAGCGUAAAACUUGCCGAGUUUUUCGCCAAGAAUGGGAACGUUUUUGGUUCCGGCAACACUUACUCCACUGUGAAGUUGGACCUCCCUGUGUGUGGAAUCAGACUUGCGGCAAAGAGUGAUGCCAGUGAGUACAACGAUCUGAUGACGACUGAGAGCACGAAUGAGUUCAAGGAUGAUGAUCCCAAAGUGAUAGCCUACCGACAGGGCCACAAAGUGGGCAUAAACACGGGUCUCACGAUGCUAACCUCUGGAGGCGUUCUGCGCGCAGCGGUGGUGAUGACUUUUGAUUAUUUGAAUACCACCACUGCUGCAGCCUCAAGUGUGCUAUCGGCCGAACAGAGGGCGGCCACUAUGAGCGCGGUUUUGGCCGCUUCAGGCAUCAAGGAGGUGGGUGAUGACCCUAUCGUGUCUGCGAUAGGAAAAGGGAUGGAAGAGGAAGGGGACAAACGGGAUGUUGAUUUACUCUUUCUUCUUGAUUUUGGGACGUGUUGA